UUUAGGAUUUACACACUAUAAAAAGGCUUCGCUACCGCGCCAUUUUCUCGUGCCAAAUUUAACACGAAGAGAAGCAAAUUGUUCUUCGGUCUGGUGCGCGAAGUCCACGAAACUCGAAUUCUUCUACCCAUUCAUCAAUGGUUUUUCGUUCGUCCCUUCUCGUAGUCAUUGGUUCUGCACCGUUGUAUUUGUUCCGGUGAAUUGGAAGUAAGACAAUGGGGGAUGCGCAAUCAGAAUCGAGUAUCUUCAGUGUUCGGAUCGUCUCCAUCGAUUACUACCUUGCGCCUCCAAUUCCAGGCCUCGGCGUAUCCUACAGUCGCUUUCAAGGCGGGAAGGUGAACGUGGUUCCUGUAUUGAGAAUAUAUGGUUCGACUCCGGCUGGUCAGAAAACAUGCGUCCAUGUUCAUGGAGUUUUACCCUAUUUAUAUGUGCCGUGCUCAGAGAUUUCAUUGCAGUUGCAAGGCAAAGGAGAAGCUUUUGCGAACGAUGUGUCACUUGCACUUGAAAAAGCCUUAAAGCUGAAAGGCAAUUCUAGUUCUAAGAGACAGCAUGUACAUGGUUAUAAUCUUGUUCGAGCGAAGAAGCUUUAUGGUUACCACUCAUCAGAGGAGCUUUUUAUGAAGAUAUAUUUAUAUCAUCCACAAGAUAUCACCCGUGCUGCAAAUCUUCUGCUGAAUGGUGCCAUUCUCGAAAAGAUUUUACAGCCUUAUGAAUCGCACAUACCAUUUGUCCUGCAGUUCCUUGUUGACUAUAAUUUAUAUGGUAUGGGUCUUCUGCAUCUAAUGAAAUUGAAGUUCCGUCAUCCAGUACCAGAUGCUCCAGGGAAAAAAUUAAAUCACAUUUUACAGUACGUGAGUGAGAAUCAUGGAAUGGACAAUCCAACUUGCAUGCCUUCUGAUUCCGAGGCAGAUCCAAGUAAUGAUGCAGCAUCAACUUCACCAGUAUGGAUAUCUUCUAAAAUUCCAACAGAUUGGAUGUGGAAAUCUCCUACUGCAAUGGAUGCAUUGGAUGACGGUGGAAUCAAUCUCUGUAAACGUCAAAGUGUUUGUGAACUUGAGGGAGAUGCUGCCGUAGAAGAUAUUCUCAAUCAACAUUCUAAACUAUAUACGUCUUUUUCUCAAACCCAUUCAGAUGUGAAAAUGGUUCAAUCGCUUGUAUCGAUUUGGGAGGAGGAACAUAGAAGAACGGGGCUGCAGGAGGCACCAGUGCCACCUGAUCCUGGAAAACCAUUGUCAAAAGAAGUUUUGGAGACUUUCUCAAUUGGUAUGGACUAUGAGAAAAAAAUGACUGAAUUAUAUGAGAGACCAAAAUGUCCAUCAGUGUUAACUCCACUUGAAAAAGAUGAAAGGUUGGUGCAGUCAUUGACAUCUUCAGCUAAUGAAGCAAAUAUAAUUGGACUAGGAUGUUCUGAUGGUGAGCCUUUGAAACACGUUAUGGAGAUCGGCAGAACUAAUUUGGACUCAUUUUACCCAAAUUCAUUAGAAGAUCAUGACAAAAUGCUGAUUGAAGGAGAUGAUAUGGUUCCGAGAUUGUCUAUGGAUGAAGUUGAAGUAACUCCCAAGGUUGUCGACGAGGAGGCACUAGGCCUCCUGAGAUGGCUAGCUACUUCUCAGGCUGCACAAGAUAUUAAUUCCGACGAUGAACUUCUUUGUGAGACAAUUUUGGGGCCCUUGUUGCCUGCAGCAAACAUGGAUCAAGUGCUAGAGAGAGCUAGCCAGGAUUAUGGUUCUGAGUCUCAAAAGGAGUGUCAAGACAUUCUCGAUUCAGUUGAAGAUCUAGAUGAAUUUGAGGGAUUUAACAAGAGAAAAUGUUGUCCCGAUGAUGAGCAUCUUUCCAGGUCUUCUUCUGAAGAAACUAUUCCCCAACUUGAUGGUGCUGCAGAUGAUAUGUUCACUCCUUGUGGAGGGUCGACUGAAAACUCACCUGAUAGAGAUUUAUAUAUUGAGAAUGAAAGAUCUUCCAAACUUGUGGUGUUGCAUGGCAUUGAUUCAGAUACUUGCAGCCAUAAAAAGGAAAAAUCAUUAUGGGACUCUUUACCUUUUCAGGAGGCUGAGAAAGUGAAUACAGAUUCAACAUGUGUCAAUUCUUGCAGGCCUGAUAUAUGUGCAAGUUUGACUAGAGAUUCUGGGUUCAUCAGUUGCUUUUCUAAAGAAGAGGGAGGACAGAGGGAUGUUACAGUAGAAAUUGAAGGCACGGGUACAUAUACCUCCAGGGAAGGCAAUGCCUUUGUAGAAUGUUCUGUCCGUGAUUUGAUGAGGAGGAAGCGUCACUAUCGAAAUGAGCAACUUGACUGUGGAAAUGGUAAAGCUAAAAAUUUUACUGUUGGUAGUAGGCAAAAAAAAGUGUGGUCAAGAGGCUUGGAUUCUCAAGUGUUGCAAACCAAUGAACAUAACUUGAGAUUUCAGGACUCUUCCCAUUUGAUGCCAUGUUUAACUAAUCAAAUUACUAGUUCUGACAUAUUUUAUGAGAAUAAGUCUACUUAUUCUGAUAGUUCCAUGUAUGGUAAACUGCCGCUUGUAGAUGGCUGUGAUGGCUUAGUGCAGGCUAGUUCACCAAAUGUUGGAGAAAUCCCUGGAUCUGAGACAGUUGCAGGUCCUAGUCAAAUGUGCUUUGAUCCGUGGCUUUCUGAGUCAGAGACCCUAGGCCUAGGUUCUGUUCCUCUUGGUGGUUGUCAAACUUUAGCUAGCAAGAAUAAGAGUGAUGCUGAUGUUCAUGAGAGCAUGCCUUCCAUGCAAUGUGCGUACGAGGAUUAUUUGGCUCCAUGUACAAAAAGAAGAUUUCUUUUGGUUAAUCAGAAUAGUAAUGAUAGAAAACAGAAAGAGGAUGCUGUUUUGUCUGGGCUUGGCCACUCUCUAUCUCUGGUUGCCGAUUUUGAUCGUGAGAAAAUAUUAUCAAUUGGUAUGACUACCCGCAUAAAGCCACCGAAUGCGGAGUUGAUGCACAAAGAACCUAUAAACACUUCUAAUACGUCUAUCCUGUCAAGGAAACUUGCUCCUUUGGAUAAAAAAGAUCCCGAAGAGAGAACAGGAAGAGCUUUGGAUGAUCUUUUGCCAUUUUUUCUACCCAGAGACAAAAAAGAUAUUUUUGAAGACUAUGACUCCAGUUCUCUGAAAGAAGUUGUCAUGGGUGUUCCCAUUCACUAUCGAAAUGAUGGCUCCUUCAUGUAUAUUUUAACACAUGUAAAGUCACCUCCUUCUACAGAUAGUGUUCGUCAGUGGCUAUCAAGUGAACAGAGAGCUCUCAGGAUCAACUCAGGAAAACCUUUCGUUGAUGAUCCGGACAAGCCUCUGCCUCAACCUGGUUCUUCAUCUCAUACAAGUCAUAUAGUAAAUCAUGGAGGCCUGACUAACUCAUCUGCGGAUGAAACCUCUUUCCAUGAAAAUGUAGAACCAGUCAAAAGUGGAGGAGUUACAGCAAAAGUAAAAGCUUGUGCGAGUUUUUCACAAGAUAUAUCUCAAAUUUCUGGCCCAGAUGAGAUAUCAAAAGAUACUCCUCUUAGCCAAAUUGGGUUUUGUGAUCCUGCAAGCGUUGGAGGAGUGCAGCAAUUAACAUUGUUGAGCGUUGAGGUUCAAGCAGAAUGUAGGGGUGAUCUUAGGCCUGAUCCUCGACUUGAUGCCGUCAAGAUGAUAGCUCUUGCAAUUCAGAAUGAUAGUGGCCCUGCUGUCGAUGUUGUUUUAAUUUUGUGUACUAACAUUGGUUCGUCUAAGAGAAAUCGUGAUGGGAUUGACUACAAAGUUUUGGUUCAUCAUGAAGAGAGGUCUUUAUUUCAAAGUUUUAUGAAAAUUAUAUAUUUAUCCGACCCAGAUAUUUUGAUUGGCUGGGAUAUUCAAAGUAGUUCUCUUGGAUAUUUGGCAGAGAGAGCUUCUCAGCUUGGUAUAAGUUUACUAAAUAAGAUAUCUAGGACACCCGAUGAAACCGAGAUAUUGGAUGGAGAUUCAAAUACUCACACUGAAAUUCCAGAAAACCUGGUUUCUGAGUUGGUAAAUUCUGAUUCUGCUGCAGUAGAAGAUAUGAUAAUUGAGGAUGAAUGGGGUCGAACACAUGCCAGUGGAAUCCAUAUUGGUGGUAGGAUUGUUCUAAAUAUAUGGAGGCUUAUGCGCAAUGAAGUUAAGCUUAAUAUGUACACGCUUGAAGCUGUUACGGAAGCUGUUUUGAAACGAAAAUUUCCAUACAUCCAUCAUAGAGUAUUAACACAAUGGUUUAACAGUGGUCCUCAAAAAGCAAGAUUCCGGUGCAUUGAAUAUGUGAUGGAAAGAGCAAAGUUGAACCUUCAACUAAUGAAUCAGCUCGAUAUGAUAAAUAGAACUUCAGAACUUGCUCGUGUGUUUGGCAUUGAAUUUUUUUCUGUUCUAUCUCGAGGCUCGCAACAUCGUGUCGAAUCUAUGUUACUAAGAUUGGCGCAUAGUCAAAACUAUCUGGCAGUCUCCCCUGGGAAUUUGCAGGUCGCUUCUCAACCUGCAAUGGAGUGCCUACCACUUGUGAUGGAACCUGAGUCUGGUUUUUAUGAUGAUCCUGUUGUAGUUUUAGAUUUCCAGUCUCUUUAUCCAUCCAUGAUAAUUGCUUACAACCUAUGCUUUUGUACGUGCUUGGGCAAAGUAGCUCCUUCAAAGGUUAAUACACUAGGAGUUAUUUCAUAUUCACCAGAACGACAGGUUCUUGAGGAACUGAAAGAUCAGAUACUGCUAACUCCUAAUGGUGUGAUGUACGCACCACCAAAGGUUUGUAAAGGUAUAUUGCCUCGUCUUCUGGAGGAGAUAUUAUCGACUAGAAUCAUGGUGAAACAGGCAAUGAAAAAGCUGGCUCCAUCACAGAAAGUUCUUCAGAGGGUGUUUAAUGCAAGACAGCUUGCUUUGAAGCUGAUAGCAAACGUAACAUAUGGUUAUACAGCAGCUGGUUUUAGUGGUCGUAUGCCUUGUGCUGAGCUUGCCGAUAGUAUUGUUCAGUGUGGCCGCCGUACACUAGAAAAUGCAAUCUCAUUUGUUAAUUUACAAGAGAAAUGGAAGGCUAAAGUUAUUUAUGGGGAUACUGACAGCAUGUUUGUUCUUCUAAAGGGACGUACGGUUGAACAGGCUUUGGGCAUUGGCCAGGAAAUUGCAUCUGCAAUCACUGCAAUGAAUCCCAAUCCAGUUACACUCAAGAUGGAGAAAGUUUAUGCCCCUUGCUUCCUUCUCACUAAGAAGCGCUAUGUGGGCUACAGUUUUGAGAGCCCUGAACAAAUUGAACCCGCUUUUGAUGCUAAAGGCAUUGAAACUGUACGGAGAGAUACUUGUGCAGCUGUAGCAAAGACAAUGGAGCAGUCAUUGAGGCUUUUCUUUGAACAUCAGGAUAUUUCGGAGAUCAAAAGAUAUUUGCAGCGUCAAUGGAAGCGGAUUCUUUCAGGAAGGGUUUCAAUUCAAGAUUUUGUCUUUGCAAAGGAGAUACGGCUAGGUACAUAUCGUACUAGGGGUCCAUCCUCACUUCCACCAGCAGCAAUUGUGGCCACUAAGGCAAUGAGGAUUGAUCCAAGGGCAGAACCGCGUUAUGGAGAACGAGUUCCUUAUGUUGUAAUUUAUAGGGAACCUGGAGCUCGCCUUGCCGAUAUGGUUGUUGAUCCAAUGGACCUUUUAGCCGUGGAUUCCCCCUACAGAUUGAACUGUCUAUAUUACAUCAACAAACAAAUAAUACCUGCCCUGCAAAGAGUUUUUGGUCUUGUUGGAGCCAACUUAAAUCAAUGGUUUUUGGAGAUGCCUCGUCCAGUCAGGGAAGUGUUUUUUAAACAACCCUUAUCAGCUGCGAAUCCUAAUCGGACCCGAAUUGAUUAUUACUACCUAUCUAAGCAUUGUAUACUAUGUGGCGAGUUAGUCCAGACCUCAUCUAAUUUAUGCAAUCAGUGUCUACAAAAUGAAGCUGCAGCUACCACUGCGAUAAUCAGAAAAACUUCGAAAUUAGAGAGUGAAAUGCAACACCUUGCUGCCAUAUGCCAACAUUGUGGAGGAGCAGACGGGAUCGUGGAACCUGGUGUGAAAUGUACUUCACUCGCGUGUUCAGUUUUCUAUGAGAGGCUUAAGGUUCAGAAAGAAUUUCGUGGUCUUGCUGCUGUUGCUGCACACAGAGACCUGUAUCCAAAAUGGACAUCCCUCUCUUCGACCAUGGCGCAGUCCCCCUUCUCUCUCCUCUUCCUCAAGCGUCUUUCCUUCUCUUCUCGAUUCUCCAAUGCACCUCUUUCUUCGCCCCUCCUUUCUCAUUUCCUCACUAUCGGAUCAUCCAAGCGAUUUUUCACCUCCGAAGUCUCGUCAACCCCCUCCUCACCUUCUUCCAAUCCCAAACCCAAUUCCCUUUCAGCCCGAAUGAGCUUCAUCUUCGAUCAAAUCGACGCCAUUGAAAAAGAGCGCUCUCAGAAGGACCAAACUCUGCAGAGAAUUCGAGCCUGGCGUGAGUCGAAGGCCAACCAGAAUCCGCCCGUCGAGGAUGGGCAACCGGAAUCGACGUUAGGGAGUGGUAAUCUUGGGGAUAAUGUUAAUAAUUCGGAGUCUGCUUUGAGAAUGGACGAAGAAAAUGAGGUGGAAAGGACGGAGAAGAAGAGGAAAGAAAUUGAAUUGGUGCAUCCAUGGCCGGAGUGGAUUGAGUUGAUGGAAAGGUUAGUUCAUCAGAAUUACUUUGAUCACAGGAGGAAAGAUGAGAACAAGAUGGUCGAAGAAUUGGGAUUCAGUGCCUCUGACCUUGCUUUAGAGGAGGAUGUAGGGUUGGAUUUGUCCAAGGAUUUUAAGGCAGUUUAUACUGCGUGCCUGAAUUUUGGGAAGGACCGGUUCGACAUUCUCAGGUCGUUGUCAAGAAAAGACAUCCAAAUAUUGGUUGGUUUUGGGUGCCCAAGUCCAGACAAGAAGGUUGUUUUCUCUGCAAAACUCUUGAGGAAGCUUGUUCAUCUUGAUGAAGGAGAUGUUUGCAGUUCCUGCAGUUUAAGAAAUUCUUGUGAAAGAGCAUAUUUGGUGACUAAUAAAGAAGAUGAGGCUCGCACAAUCGAUAUUAUGCGACUUUUAUUUACUUUUGGUUUUGAUCACAUGAAUGGAACUGUUGUCAAUGAUUCCCUUCUGAAGCGAAAAACGGUUAAAACAGUUGUUCGCAAAUUACUUCAUGGGGUUGUCAAGUUGGGUUCAGUCCCAAUAGAUCCUACUCUCUCUCCUCCUGUAAUCAAAAGGCCUCCACCAAAAGUGAAGCAGCCCCCACCUCCACCAAAGAAGCGAGUAGGACGUGAUGAUGUUGAGAUGAAAAAAGGGGAUUGGCUUUGUCCCAAGUGCGACUUCAUGAACUUUGCAAAAAAUAUGGUGUGCCUGCAGUGUGACGCUAAACGUCCUAAGCGGCAGCUGCUACCAGGCGAAUGGGAAUGCCCAGAAUGUAACUUCUUAAAUUAUAGGAGAAAUAUGGCAUGUUUCCAUUGUGAAUGCAAGCGGCCAACAGACACAUUUUUAGAUAAUGAAAAGCAAGAAAGACAGCACGUUCCUUCGAGGUUCGAAAAGGUUGCCAAUAGGCAAGAGGUCUCUAAUGCUUGGAAUUUCGACUUCGACGAUGAUGAGUCAGAUGGGGCAGAUGUUGCAGCUUUUGAGUAUGCAGAUUCAUCAGUUGCAGCCGAAGGAUCUCAUGCCGAUAAUCUGGCGAGAGGAAGCAAAUAUAACUCCGAUCUCCCAGAAAGACAGCACUCUGAUGCUGGAAAUAGAGGUCCAGGCGUCGGAUUUGACGAUUUUGUCGAUGAGGAGGACGAUAUCGACAAUUAUGAGCUAGAUAGCUCAGUGAACAAUUCAGGAAGGCAACCUCAUUCGGUUGAUUUUUCUGACAUUGAAGGGCACUCAGGAUCAGAAGAUGGUGAUGACUUUGGCCAUAGAUCUGGUGUCCCAUCUUAUAAUAAGCGUCCACGACGUCAACAAGCAGCUUUCUCUGAUUCUGAGGGCGAUGAACUUGAUUCUGAUGACGAUAUUUCUGCUAAGAAGAAUUGGAAAUCUAGUCAUCUGACCAGUUCAAGACAGAAAAGUAGAGACAAUGGUCGAUCGAGGAGGGGAUUAAGCUAUGGUUCUGAUGAAAACCUCGACUCCGAUCUCGAUGAGGAUUUAGAUGAAAGACCUCGAUCUAGACGGAGUGAAGGAAAGGAUUUCGACUCCAAUAGGAAGCAUUUUCAAACGAGAGGAAGUUCUCGUAUGGGCGGUCGAUCAUCCGAAUCAGAUUUUGAUGAUUUCGAUAGAGGUAUGCGUAGACAAAAAUUGAAAGGGAAUCAGAGGGAAAAUAAUCGAAGGGGAAGCGACACUCGAGCUCGUGGUGAUAAAUACAGUAGAGGAAGUGAGUUUCAGUCUAACAAUUUCAGGAAUGGUAGAAAGAACACAUUUGAUGACGAUUUUGAUGAUUUUGGUGACAAGUCCCAUCGGUCUCGUGGUACCAAUUCAAGGUUUCGUGGGAACAGUCAUGGCGGGCGAGGAACAUAUAGCUCGGGGAGUCCUAAAGAAGGUUACAAGAAAGAUCGACCAAGAAGGUAUAAUGAAUACGAUACAACCACAGAUAAGGAUUAUGGUGACUUCAAAAACAGUCGACGUGUUAUUGAAAGAUAGAGCCUAUUUGAAGAAUAAUUCAUAAUUUGGGUUCGGGUUCGGGUUCGGGUUAAUGAUUUCAUGUUCAACUCACUGCUAACGAAAGAUCUAUUAUGGGAUUGCUGCAAAAUCAAUCCUGUUUUGUUCUGUGGUGUUUCAGGCUACAAUCACCAUAUGAUCUUUGGACAGUCAAGUCAUUUGAAUUUAUGUAUUAUUUUUGGUUUUAUGAGUGGGGGCUCUUACUCCCUCUCAUACAUCGUUUUUGAUCUAUUUGUACAUAUACUUUUUUUGUAUUUUUUUAAAAAAAUAAUAUAUCUUCAAAAUUU